GAGAUUCUUUCUCAAACCUCUCCCUUCUUGGCCCCCUCAUUUUUCCAACCCCCCAUUUCCAAACUUACACUAUUCGACUUUCAAACCCUAAAAAAGAUAACAAAGAAAAAGAAGAAGAAUUAUACAGAGAAAAACAGGCACACGCACCUACUCCUGGUUACUUGCAUGGGCAGAAAACAAGUGCUGAGGACAAUUUUUGUUUGAAACAGAAACCAAGGAGGAUGCGUAGGUGGUUGUGUUGUACUUGUCAAGUAGAAGAGUCCCACCCGUCCACUGACAAUGAGCCUUACAAAAGCCCAAGAAACCAUGCAGAUGGGCAUAAAAAAGGGGCAAAGGCAUCCGCUCCUGUCAAAACUGAAGUUCAAAAGGAAAUACCACCUAUUGAAGUGCCAGCACUUUCCUUGGAUGAGCUGAAAGAAAAAACUGAUCUUUUUGGGUCACAGGCAUUGAUUGGUGAAGGAUCCUAUGGAAGAGUGUACUACGCAAAAUUAAAUAAUGGAAGAGCUGUGGCUGUUAAAAAGCUUGACAUUUCGGCUGAGCCUGAAUCAAAUAAUGAGUUUUUGACUCAGGUUUCCUUGGUUUCAAGACUGAAGCACGAAAAUUUUGUUGAGUUGCUUGGUUAUUGUGUAGAAGGAAAUCUCCGUGUGCUAGCAUUCGAGUUUGCAACCAUGGGUUCUCUACAUGACAUUUUGCAUGGUAGAAAAGGAGUCCAAGGAGCGCAACCAGGACCUGUGCUGGACUGGAUGCAACGAGUGAGAAUUGCUAUUGAUGCUGCAAGGGGGUUGGAAUAUUUGCAUGAGAAGGUUCAACCUUAUACUAUACACAGAGAUAUCCGAUCUAGCAAUGUGCUUCUAUUUGAAGACUUUAAGGCCAAAAUUGCAGAUUUUAACCUUUCAAAUCAGGCUCCUGACAUGGCUGCCCGCCUUCAUUCUACUCGAGUUUUGGGAACAUUUGGUUAUCAUGCACCAGAAUAUGCAAUGACUGGACAAUUGACACAGAAGAGUGAUGUGUAUAGCUUCGGGGUCGUUCUGCUAGAGCUUAUAACAGGCCGCAAACCUGUUGAUCACACUAUGCCUCGUGGACAACAGAGUCUUGUUACUUGGGCUACUCCAAGACUAAGUGAAGACAAAGUCAAACAAUGUGUAGACCCAAAGCUCAAGGGCGAGUAUCCUCCAAAAGGAGUCGCUAAGCUGGCUGCUGUGGCAGCAUUGUGUGUGCAGUAUGAGGCUGAAUUCAGGCCAAAUAUGAGCAUUGUAGUGAAGGCUCUCCAACCCCUUCUGAAGUCUGCUCCUGCACCCCCUCUUCCUGGGAAUUAAAGUAAAUAAAUUUUGUUUCUUCCCUAUGUGGCAAUGGCAUUUCGGCAUCAUUUGGUUUCUUCAUU